AUGAAGGAUCUUGGCCCCGUCCACUUCUUCCUCGACAUCCAAGUUAAGCGCUCGACGGCCGGCUUCUUCCUCUCGCAAGAACAGCACGCCGACGACAUCCUUGAUCGCGCGGGCAUGAGUGACUGCAAGCCUGCGAUCACGCCGGUGGACACGAAGGCGAAGCUUCCAAGCGACGCAGGAGAACCUGUCGCCGACCCAACCUUCUACCGCAGCAUUGUUGGCGCACUCCAGUACCAGACCUUGACGCGGCCCGACCUCACCUAUGCGGUCCAGCAAGCGUGCCUGCACAUGCAUGAUCCCAAAGACGUGCAUUGGAUGUUCGUCAAGAGGAUCUUGCGCUAUGUGCGCGGCACAGCGGGCAAGGGUCUCCAACUUCAUCGCUCCUCUACGCUAGCACUCACGGGCUAUUCCGACGCCAACUGGGCGGGCUGCCCUGACACGCGACGUUCAACGUCCGGGUUCUGCGUGUUCCUGGGCGACUCGUUGGUGUCAUGGUCGUCCAAACGCCAGCCCGUCGUCUCCAGGUCGAGCGCGGAGGCUGAGUACAGAGGUGUGGCCAACGGCGCGGCAGAAUGCUGUUGGCUUCGCCAUCUUCUUGGCGAGCUUCUGCAACCGUUGUCCAAGGCGUCAAUCGUGUACUGCGACAACGUCUCGGCCAUCUACAUGACCCAGAAUCCUGUGCAUCACGGAAGAACCAAGCACGUUGAGUUGGACAUUCAUUUUGUUCGCGAGAAAGUUGCUGUUGGGGACAUUCGUGUCGCACACGUUCCGGCUCGUCAUCAGCUCGCAAACAUCAUGACGAAGGGGCUGCCAACUACGUUGUUUGAAGAUUUUCGCUCCAGUUUGUGCAUCGUCGACGACGCACGAACUGGGGGGGUGUAA